ACCAGCUUUGUAUCGUCUUCCGCAACAGCGGCACGUCUCUGACUGCGCCACUGCAACUCUAGCUCUUUCUCUCCGCGAUAUCGGCAGCUUUUCAUAACUCCCACUACACUACACUGUCGCAGUGACCUCGGAUUUCAGCCCUCAAGCCCCGGUAGCAUUGCGGGGCUCCACACUGAUCAUAGUCAGUGUAUCACCUUCACCAUGAGUUCUGCCAGCCUCACCAUUUAUAAAGCGGCCCCACCCUCUAUCUCUUGCUCUCUCAUUUCCUCAAGCCUCUCAGUUUAGCUAUUUUUAUCGGGAAGCUCUCUAAUAUCCGCCAGCGAUGAUGACCGACAACCGACCCUCAACACCUCCUCCUUUCGAAGGCUCGGGUUAUCCUUCACUCGUACCUCCUACACCUCGCACGCCAGGACCAUCAUGGCUCAUCAACGACGGCAAUCUAAUCACAGGCUCACAACAUGCUCUGGUACCUCCUUCUCCAGGCGGCGUGCUAGGCGCUGGAUUCGGCGAUCUGGCAUCCCCCAAGGCUUCUAAUGGGGAACUCCCACCUUCAAAGACCAAAAGCAAGAAUCGCAGUCCGUUUCGCUUCAUGGAGCUGCCUGGCGAAAUUCGGAACAUAAUCUAUCAUCAUACCUACUCGAAUCCGAAGCAAGCUCUUCUUGUGCAUCGACCACGUCUCGCCUCUCUACGCUCCAGCACCCGUAUGGAUCGUACGCGCCCUCUUGAAUCAGAUAUCGCGGGCCAAGCGCAUGACUACGAGCUCUCGACCAGGAACACCAAGAUCACCAAGAGCAAGACGCCUAGCAAAAGCAAGCUUUUACCUCGCGAAUCGAACCGCCCCUUUCAUGUCCUCACGCAGAUCAGCCGCCAAAUUCGCGCCGAGUACCGCCCUAUCUACCUUCAGAAGCAGGAGAUUGGCAUGGAUCUCACUGAGAUUGUCGCGUAUCUACAAACGUUCUACUCGGAUGCUCCGAACUUGGUCGCUGCACUCGGCACGACUGGUGACAGGAAGUUGGACAUGCCGUUUACAGGCAAUUUGACUAUCGCUGUUGGUGACAACGCCAAAGGCCUGGAGCUAGACAAUCUGGGUGUCGAUGUCUGGCCGUUGCUAGACAUCUGGGCGAAUAGUUGGAAGAUUGAGGCUGGAUUUGGACGUUACAUGAAGGCGGGGUACCUGCCUGAGCGUGACGGCGAAGCCAAAGAUCUGUACCGCCUUUUCGGCCGUCGUGUUCUUCGUAACCGUUCAUGCUCCAUCAUGAACAACCUUUGGCGCACUAUUCUUCGCACACGCUCGUUGGCUUCAGUUCGCCUUCUUCGCAAGCCUGCUACUCCAGUCACUCCAACAUUCACUCCGGCUCCGACUCCUCCAGUCCCCAUCAUUGGUCUCCGCCCCAUGAUUCGCGAGCCCCGGCCUUACAUCCAUAUCCUCUUCCGCAAGGAGUGCGCAGAAUCCUGGAUGACAGCUCUGGAGUCCAAGGCUCCUACCAUGUGGCUGUCUGACCGUGGGUUUGGUGGUAUGGAGCACUUCGAUGUCAAAGUUGGUGUGCUUGUAGACGAGUAAGUCUGCAAGGGAGUGGACCAGAGUUUAUGACUAUAGAUUGGAACAGCACUGGCGGUACAUCCACCACCUUCGACCUCGACGAUUUGGCAAUGAAUCGCGAUCUGAAGAUUUAGCUGACGACAUUCUUUGGCAACUUGAAUAUGGGACUUGCCACGACCUUGUAAACGAUUGACGACUUGGAUCUCGUAGUAUCUGUGCUUGCUCGACGGUUGAUAUACAUACUCCACUUGGAUGUUGAUCGAUCGAUAGUGGCUGGGUUGGCGCUUGGUACAUUGAGUUGAACUCUGAGGUCGCCAUUUGGGAUCGACACUUUUGUCUUGGGAGAGACUUCAUACCAUAAAUUUCCCAUGAUCAGCCACCAUUUAGGUGUAUUCAUUUAGCGGUAUUCCACAAUUGGCAGUAGAUGACUUUAGUCUUUCC